CAAUUUGGGCCCGGAAAACCAACCGUGACCCGCCCAUCACCCACAUCGAACCCGAAACUUAGGUCCUAAGCUCCUUCGUUUCCUUCGUGACUCGACACCUCUUGGAGCGGUCGUCUUCUCGACCUGCCGUCGGUGACCAAAACCCUAGCUGCUUCCCGUCUCCAUGAGGUCCCUAUCUCGAUUCCUCUCCUCCUGCGCCAUUUCCCAAAGUUUCUUCGACAACUUCUCUUCCGGUCCUUUCGUCAGCUUCUUCUCUUCCUUCAGUAGCGGAAGUAUAGUACCCGAAAGCAUCGCCUACCGCCGUUCGAUGCUCCGUCCACCUUCAAUUGCGGCACCUCGGAAGCUGCGCUAUAAUGUUUGCAGUUUCAUUGGAACGAUAGUUAGCCGCGUGCGAAGCUCGGGCGAGUGCAGCCACGGUAUGCGGGCUUUCGCCUUUCUAAAGGUGAGGAGCGAUCCGCGUUUGCAGAACUCAUCGUGUUUCUGUGUUUGCCUUCGGAUGCAGGGUAAGCUGGCAGAAAUAUCACUGCAGCAUUUGAAACAGAAUGAUUUCAUUUACGUUUCUGGUCCUUUAGGCUCAUAUGAAAGGAUCAAUGCAAGUGGUCGGUCUGAAAUCAUUUACAAGGUUUUUGUGCAAGAUUUAAAUUUUGUGAGACGACUCGAACAGCAUUGCACAACAUCAAUGCCGGUAGAACCGGACGCAGGGAAAUUACCAUCUUCCCUAUCUGGUUCUUCACUGAAGGAGGAAAUGGCAGGUGAAUCUGGCACAAUACCUGAAAAGCAGAAUUUAGAAAGGCUACAUCUUUGGCAGCUGUUCUUUGCUAGCCCCAGUGAGUGGUGGGACAACAGGAGGUCUAAGAAAAACCCUAGCUUUCCAGACUUCAAACACAAGGAUACCAAGGAAUGUUUGUGGCUUAGUCCAGAUGACCCUCCUUGGGUAAGAGAGCAGCUUCAACUGUAUGAUGCAAACAUAGCAAGCAGCUUGAAGAGGGAUGCCAACAUUUUGCUUGAUUCAUGCAAGUGGAAAUUCAAGGAUUUUUAACUAUUUUCUCUAUCAGAAUGCUUGCACUGGAGGCAGACAUGGAUUAAUAGAACAAGCAGUGCUUGAACAUAUGAAGGGGAAUUGUACUUCAGAAUUCUGUAUUGGGAAAAGGUAUGAUAAUUUAUUAGAAGAAUUUCAGGAAGGGUCAUAAUGUUGCUUGGCAAAUUGGUUGUUAAAAUCCCAAAAUCUAGUGUCAUGUGGUGGAAAUUUUUUUUUAAAAAUAGGCAUGAGAUGAGUUGAAUUAGAAAUUUUAAAAAUAUUGUAAAUAUUAGUAGAUAUAUAGAAUGUGCAUGAAAAUUUGAUUUUAUAUGCUUCAUAAUAGUAGUAAUGGAAGAAUAUGCUCGUUGUUUAA